AUGAAUGAUUAGAAACCUUAUUUAAUCUUGGAGCAUCCACAUGCACAAAAUCCUGUUUUAAGUUUCAAAAACAAGACUUUGUCCAAUAAUGAGAAAAUAUGGAUCUCUCAUAUUAAAAUAAAAAAUCCAGUAGAAAAUAAUCAGUAUAUUUUCAAUUAAUAUUUUUUAAGAAGUCUUGCUUUCAAAGUUAUGUCAACAGCUGCAGAACAAAUCAGAUCUUAUCCAUUUGUGGGAAUAUUAAAAGCAGGAGAAAGCAAAACAAUUAAAUUGAUUACAAAAGAACAUGUAUUUGAGAGUAUCUACUAAUUAUCAUUUUAGAGGCUGUUAAAGUUAAAAUAGUCUCAAUGAAUAUUGACAAACCUUAAGAAAUAAAAGACUAAUAUGAAAUUAUGGAUUAAUUUAAAUUGCUUAAGGACCAGAUUAAAGAUCUACCUUCAAUCUUCCUUCAAGUAUCAGAUUUUAUUUAAUCUGAAACAGUCUCCUAUGUAAUACCUUAAAAGUACUAAUAGUGAAAGCUUACUUUACCUAGUGAUAGAAGAAUUU